AUGGCGAAACUGCGGGAUGAAAGAUUCAUAUGCCCAGCUGGUACAGAUUAUGAUGUGGUUACUUGCCUUGACAUUAUUUCAUCAAAGCAGCUAACAAAUGCAGCUUGUAACUCAUUGUUAUUCAAGCUUGUGAUGGCAACAUUAACAAAUGAAUCAUCUGAAAUCUUGAGAAGACGGCAAUAUGCAUUAUUACUGAGUUAUUUGCAGUAUUGUAGCAGCAUUCUGGACUCUGAUGUCCCUCCAUCUGUUCUUUGGUUCUUGCUACUGGAGGAGCAAGAUGGUGAUGAUGAGGACAUCACUCUUCAAAAGGUUCUCAAGGAGCACAAUGAAUUAGCACAUGCCAACAUUUCCAUCAUAAGGAAGGAAGCUCAAGCUAUCGUUGAUUUGAUCAACCGUGCACAUCUACAGGUUGAAGUUACAGAUACUGCUCUUCUUGCUCUCAUUGAAAACUUUACACCACUGUAA